CGAGGAAUAUGUUUUUCAAUCCAAAUGAUGUGUCAUAUCGACAUAAUGAAAAUUAUAACCCAGCACCAAUCACAUGUGGAGCUGAUUGCUGGGAAUGUAGCUACAGUUGGUCUGGACCAAAUUCAUUUAGUGUGUCUGGAGCAGUGCUUGACCUGAGUCCUUUAACAAAGUCAAUGGCUGGAACAUAUACAUGUACUGCUAGAAACGUUAAACUGUCUCAACAACCACUACAAACAAAACAGUUGCUACUUGAAGUUAGAUUUGGUCCAGAUUUUAUCAACGUAACAAAUGGGAAAUUGGUAUAUACAGUUGAUGAGGGAACAAGAUUACACGAUAUAAAGUGCGAGGCUGACUGUUUUCCUGCAUGUACAUAUGAAUGGACAAAAGAUGGUCAUAAUUUUGGCAAUUCAGAUACUCUGUCUUUGGAUCAAGUACAAAAAACAUCAGCAGGAAAUUAUACAUGCAGGGCUAUUAAUCGAGACAUGCAGUCUAGAUGGAAGGAAAAGAGGGUUACUAUUUAUGUUAGAUAUGGACCAUACCAGUCAUCAACUCAAUUAUCACCAUCAACACAAAAUUACACCAAAAAUGAGGGACAGAGUCUAAAUGAUAUCAUGUGUUCUGCUGAGUGCUAUCCUGAUUGCACAUACACAUGGAGGAAGACAAGACAAGGGCAUACAACUACUGUCAGUAGUACAAGUGUUUUAUCUAUUGGGCAACUACACCGUGAAGAGGCUGCAUUGUACACUUGUUCAGCUAAAAAUCCUGAAAGGAGUUCAUCUCCUUCAACAACAAUACAAACUCUUGUCAAUGUUAGAUAUGGACCAAAUACAGUCAGCUUAAACGUAACAUCACCAUAUGAUGUGUUAGAAGAAAAAUCUCUGAUUAUACAAUGUAAGGCAGAAUGUUAUCCUGGAUGCUCCUACACAUGGGUUAAUGUAACAAGUGGUUUAAUGAUGAAUACCACAGGUGCUGUAAUGUAUAUCGGAACAGUAAACAAAUAUAUGACAGGAGAUUAUAAAUGCGAAGCUAAAAAUAAUGAUGCUUCAAUCUAUGUGAAAGCUGCAGAUAUUGUUGUAACAAUUAAUAUAAAAGAACAAACGUUUUUGAAAUUUUUCUACAUUGGAAGUCAUAUCAAUACGACAGUUGUUACCGUGGACGAGCUGGAAGUUGGAAUAAUAUUUACAUGUACAGUCAGUGGGGAUUCUGCUGAAAACAUCAAAAUAACUCAUCAUGGACAAAUCUUAAAAGAGGAACAAAAUGCAAGCUCUUUGAAAUUUAUCCACAAGACAGUGAAUUGUUAUGAUAGCGGUGAAUAUAAAUGUGAAGUGAGAAAUAGGGACAUGAAUGUAUCAAGCGGAAAUGUAUCAAUGUUUGUUAACUGUUCACCGCGCCCAGUACGGAAAAUACAAGAAAAGUUCCCUGUUCCACUGGACGCACCUGUCACAUUGACAUUUGAGGCUCUUGCGCAUCCAGAACCUGGUCCAAAAGGGUUUGCUUGGUACAAUUUUAGAGAAACAAGAUGGUUACAAAUUUUAACAAAUGAAGAUUUUCAAAUUUCUUCUUUGGGGUUAGAGACCAAUCUCACAAUAUUUAGCGUUUCUCAGAAUGAUUACGGACAAUAUCGUGUUACUACAAUGAACAGUAUUGGAACAUAUAAUCAGUAUUUUUCUCUCUUACAACAAGAACCGGCUUCACCACAAGUAAGAAAAGAAGAUUGUAAAGAUGGUGAUACACUGACAAUUGGAAUAGUUAUAGGAACAGUUUUUCUUAUCCUCACAAUUUACGCAACUUCAAUAACCGUUCUAUGGAAACGGAAUGUCUCCUUCAGUAAAAAUCGAAGUACCACUUUUAUGAUGAAAAAUAUAGGCAUAGACAGACGCAAUGAAUUACAGGGACAAACAACAUACGUCAAUAUGAACAGUUCAUCAAACGACCAGGACGUACAGCAACGCGUUGAAAGUAAAGCUACUUUUGAAGACGAUCCAAGUAAAACACAGUAUACAGAUCUGGAUGACUUUUCACGGGAUAAAGGAAAUAAUGUGUACGCCGCUAUCAAAAGAAAUUGAUAAUUAAUUAAGAAGAUGACUACCAUGAGCUAUUGUAGCUCUCGGUCCAAUUCCUUUCUGCUUAAAUUGUAAAUUAUUAACAUGUAUAUAUUACCUUGAAUAAAAAUAUGUUUAAACCAAAAGAAAUCGAUACCAUUACUAUAUAAAGCAUAACUAUUAACAUUGCAUUUUUGUAUAUUUGGAAAUAUUUAAUACAGCCGUGCUGUGAUACAUUAUAACACAAAUAGUGGAUAAUUCAGCUCAAAUUGACAACAAUAAAUUUCUUAUAGUUUCAUCUUAUAUUUACUAAAUCCGUUGCUGUUAAAAAGUCGCAAGUCAUGACUUGUGAUUUUAGUGCAACUACGUCUAACAUAGUGCACUAAUAAUUAUUUUUUUAAAAAUAUGAUAAUGGAAGUUGUAGUAUUACAAUCAAAAUAAGUGUUUAUAAAAAACAAAAAGUCAUUAUUUAUAUCUAUACACCAGAUGGAAAGAUUGCGAUUAUUAUUUAUAUCUCCCGCCUGCUGAGCUCAAUAGCCAUGGUAAUUCAAAGGUCGCUAGUUCAAUCCUCGGGCGAGGCGAAAAUUCUCGGUGACAAUUGAUUUCGGACAGUUAAUCUUUUGAUUAUUUGUCUCUUACCACAGAUUCAAAAAUCAUGGGUCACUUGCCAAGAAAUUGGUUGUUUAUAGUGAAUUAUCCGGAUAAGUCGGUUAUUAGGAUUGAUGUAUGACUAAAAUGUGUUAAAACCGGCUUAAAAAAAGAAACAGAAACAAUAUUAUGCAAACUAAAAAUGGUUUAAAUUUGUAGUUAUUGCAUUUGAAAAAGAUCAACAAUAAAAGAAAGUGUUUCUUGAUAUGAAGAACAAUGAGUUUCGAUCCGAUGAUUUAUUAGUAUGAAUGCUACCAUUUUAGUAAUGGAUUGUAACAUAACAAUUCCAUUAUCACUGAACUUAUCAUUUAUUUAACUUACAACAACCAAUUGAAUAUUUAAUACCAUAAUUACUUGAAGGUAAGACUAUUUCAUGCACCAAUUUGGAAAUUAGAAAUGAAAUAAUUGAUAUUAAGGUAUCGUUACUUUCCUAAUUAUCAAUCGUCAUAGAAAGUGACUAGAAUUUAUCAAUAUUAAAAAUAUUGUACCCCGGGACAUAUCAUUUUGAUAUAUUCUGAUGUAUAUCCCAUCAGCAUUUUUUCACGUCUAAAUUGUUUCUAAUGCAGAGACCUUAAUGAUUAUGAGGCAUUGUUAUUUUACUGUAGCAUUGGUGAUCGUUGUUUUGGGAGCAGCGUACCAGAAUCUU